AUGUAUAAGCUGGUCUCCUGCUGUUUGCUUUUCAUAGGAUGCUUAAAUCCUCUCUUGUCUCUUCCUGUCCUUGACUCCAGGGAAGAGUCCUGGCAGCUCUCAGCCCCAGAAGAUGUCAGAUCAGCUCUGGAUGAACUGGAAAGAGCUUCCCUUCUGCAGAUGCUGCCAGAGAUGUCCGGUGCAGAGACAGGAGAUGGUCUUAGGAAAGCAGAUCCCAGUACCAACAUUUUUUACCCAAGAGGAAGUGUGAGAAAAUUUCAGGCUUUCUCUGGACAAGAUCCUAACAUUUUACUGAGUCACCUUUUGGCCAGAGUCAGGAAACAAUACAAGAAACGCGGAACGCCCUCCGAAUGCUUCUGGAAAUACUGUGUCUAA